CCCCCCCCCAAUAAUAAAAAAAAAACUAGCCUCCCCCAGAUGGCGACCGAGGUGGACACCAUGGAGGUGCCGCAGAACAACAACGGCCCCUGGGAGGGUCCCGACCCUGCGGCCACCGCCAAGCUCUUCGAGUGCUCCCGCAUCAAAGCCUUGGCUGACGAGCGGGACGCGGUGCAGAAGAAGACCUUCACCAAGUGGGUCAACGCACACCUCGCUCGCGCCUCGUGCCGCGUUGGGGACCUCUACGCCGACCUCCGCGACGGCUACGUCCUCACCCGCCUCCUUGAGGUGCUCUCUGGGGAGCAGCUGCCCAAGCCGACGCGGGGCCGGAUGCGGAUCCACUCGCUGGAGAACGUGGACAAGGCGCUGCAGUUCCUCAAGGAGCAGCGCGUGCACCUGGAGAACGUGGGCUCGCAUGACAUCGUGGAUGGCAACCACCGCCUGACCCUCGGCCUCAUCUGGACCAUCAUCCUCCGCUUCCAGAUCCAGGUGAUCAAGAUCAAGACUGAGGACAACCGUGAGACGCGCUCGGCCAAGGACGCACUGCUGCUCUGGUGCCAAAUGAAGACAGCAGGGUACCCCGAGGUGAACAUCCAGAACUUCACCACCAGCUGGAGGGACGGGCUGGCCUUCAACGCGCUCAUCCACAAGCACAGACCGGAUCUCAUCGACUUCCACAAGCUGACCAAGUCCAACGCUACCUACAACCUGCAGCAAGCCUUCAACACGGCCGAGCAGCAGCUGGGGCUCAGCAAGCUGCUGGACCCCGAGGAUGUCAACAUGGAGGACCCCGAUGAGAAGUCCAUCAUCACCUACGUGGUCUCCUUCUACCACUACUUCUCCAAGAUGAAGGCACUGGCCGUGGAGGGGAAGCGCAUCGGGAAGGUGCUGGAUCAGGCCAUGGAGAUCGAGGCCAUCAUUGAGCGGUACGAGGCGCUGGCGGCCGAGCUGCUGGCCUGGGUGCAGCACACCGUCACCAUCAUCAGCAACCAGAAGUUCGCCAACUCCCUCACCGGGGUGCAGCAGCAGCUCCAGGCCUUCACCGCCUUCUGCACCCUGGAGAAACCCGUCAAGUUCCAGGAGAAGGGGAACCUGGAGGUGCUGCUCUUCACCAUCCAGAGCAAGCUGCGGGCCACCAACCGCAAGCUCUAUGUCCCCAGCGAGGGCAAGAGCAUCUCUGACAUCAACAAGGCUUGGAGCUGCCUGGAGAAGGCAGAACACGAGCGGGAGGUGUCGCUGCGCAACGAGCUGAUCCGGCAGGAGAAGCUGGAGCUGCUGGCCCAACGCUUCGACCACAAGGCGGCCAUGCGGGAGACGUGGCUGAAUGAGAACCAGCGGCUGGUGUCGCAGGACAACUUCGGCUACGACCUGCCGGCGGUGGAGGCGGCCAUGAAGAAGCAUGAAGCCAUCGAGGCUGACAUCUCCUCCUACCAGGAGCGCAUCCAGGUGGUGGUGGAGCUGGCCCUGGAGAUGGAGUCUGAGGGCUACUAUGACACCAAGCGCAUCAGCGCGCAGAAGGACAACAUCCUGCGGCAGUGGGGGCUGCUGACAGAGCUGGUCCGCGCCCGCCGUGCCCGCCUCGAGCAGAACUUGGCCCUGCAGAAGAUCUUCCAGGAGAUGGUCUACAUGAUUGACUGGAUGGAGGAGAUGCAGGUGCUGCUGGUCUCUAAGGACUUGGGGAAGCACCUGCUGGAGGUGGAGGACCUGCUGCAGAAGCAUGGGCUGCUGGAGGCCGACAUCUCUGCCCAGACCGAGCGGGUGCAGGCGCUCAAUGCCGCUGCACUCAAGUUCUCAGAGCUGGAGGGCUACCAGCCCUGCGACCCUCAGAUCAUCUGCAACCGGGUGAACCACGUCCAGACGUGCCUGGAGGAGCUGGGGGAGAUGGCAGCCAAGAGGCGCAAGGAGCUGGAGGACUCGUGCCAGCUCUGGGCCUUCUUCCAGGAGAUGGAAGAGGCCGAGGCUUGGAUCCGGGAGAAGGAGCAGAUCCUGGCUGCCAAGACGUGUGGCCGGGACCUGAGCAGCGUGCUGACGCUGACCACCAAGCACAAGAGCAUGCUGGGCGAGCUGGGCAGCCGGCGGGCACUGCUGCACCAGACCAUGAAGCGGGGUGAGCAGAUCCUGGCCAAGAAGAGGUUCAGCCCCAGCGGGAUCCAGGAGAAGAUCCGAGAAGUCCGCCUGCGCUGGAAGAAGCUGGAGGAGGUGAUGGGGCUGCACCAGCAGCGACUGCAGGAGGCCCUCAACUUCUUCCAGUUCAGUGCUGAGACAGACGACCUGGUGGCCUGGCUGCAGGACACCUACCGAAUCGUCUCUAGCGAUGACUUUGGCCACGACGACUACUCCACCCAAGCACUGCUGCGGAAGCACCGGGCAGUGGUGGAGGAGGUGGAGAAGCACCAGGCGGCCGUGGUGGCCCUCCGUAAGCAGCUGGCACUGCUGGCACCUGAGCACCGCCAAGGGGUGGAUGUGCAGAUCCGCGUGGUGGAGGUGGAGCAGCUCUAUGGGGAGGUGGCUGAGGUGGCCGUGCUGCGGCAGCAGUGGCUGCAGGACGCCCUGGCCGUCUACCGCAUGUUCAGCGAGGUGCACGCCUGCGAGGUCUGGGUGGAUGAGAAGGAGCAGUGGUUGGAGAGGAUGGAGGUGCCAGAGGAGCUGGAUGAGGUCGAGGUGGUGCAGCACAGGUUUGAGAGCCUGGACCAGGAGAUGAACAGCGUGAUGGGCCGCAUCCUGGACGUCAACCAGGUGGUGCAGCAGCUGGUGGAAGGAGGCCACCCCAGCUCAGAGGAGGUCCGCGCCUGCCAGGACCACCUCAACAGCAGGUGGAACCGGGUGGUGGAGCUGGUGGAGCACAAGAAGGGGCAGCUCAGCUCGGUGCUGAAGAUCCAGAACUACCUGCUGGAGUGCGCCGAGAUGAAGGCGCAGGUGCGGGAGAAACGCAAAGCCAUCGAGGCCACGCAGUCUGGCGGCGGUGACCUGGGCGGCGUGCUGGCUUUGCAGCGGCGCCUCUCCACCAUGGAGGCCGCGCUGGUGGUGCUGGAGCCCAGGCUGGUGGAGCUGCAGCGUGAGGGCGAAGCCUUGGCCGCAGCCCACCCGGGGCAGGCCAUGGAGGUCCUGCUGCCCUUCGAGGAGAUCAGCGAGGAGUGGGAGGCCCUGAAGCGGGCGCUGCAGGGCUGCGAGGACUCGCUCAGCGUCGCCGGGCGCUUGCAGCAGUUCAUCCAAGACCUGGACAACUUCUUGGGGUGGUUGGUGAAGACCCAAGCAGCGGUGGCCAACGAGGAGGUGCCGGGCAGCUUGGCCGAGGCAGAGAGGCUGCUGAACCAACACGCGGCCCUCAAGGAGGAGAUCAAUGGCUACGAGGAGGACUACACCAAGAUCCAGGCGGCCAGUGACCUCCUGGCGCUGGAGGAGGCCGAGGUCCCCUACCUCUCGCUCCAGCAGUGGCUGCAGAAGCUGGAUGCGGGCUGGGGGAAGCUGCUGCAGAGCUGGGAGGCUCGCCGGGAGGUGCUGGUGCAGGCGCACGUCUUCCACCUUUUCCUCCGUGACGUCAAGCAGUGCGAGGCCAGCCUGUACAACCAGGAGUCCACGCUGGCCCACGCUGAGCUCCCCGACACGGUGGAGGCUGUGGCCAACGCCAUCAAGAAGCACCGGGACUUCACCACCUCCAUGGAGCUUGGCCUCCACAAGGUCCAGCUGGCCCUCCAGGCUGGCGAGAGCCUCCAGCGCCAGGGCAACCUCUACAGCGCCCGCGUGGCGGAGGCCAUGGACUCCCUCCGCACCAAGAGCCAUCGCAACGCCGAACUGGCGCAGGAGUGGAUGCAGCGCCUGCAGGACCACCUGGAGCUGCAGCAGUUCCUGCAGGACUGCCAUGAGCUGGACAGUUGGGUCGGGGAGAAGGUGGCGAUGGCGCAGGAUCCGGCCCCGGAGCAGCGACCCCAUAAGCGUUGGCUCCAGCACCAGGCGUUCAUGGCCGAGCUGGCGCAGAACCGGGAGUGGCUGCAGCGCAUCGAGGAGGUAAAAAAUGGGGGGGGGGGGGGG